AUGGCGUUAUUUGUGUUUGUGCUUUUGUGUGUUGCCGUCGCUGAAGUGAAAAGCGCGAUUUUGAACCCGUGGAGUAAAGUUGAAGCCAACAAAUGUGGCGUGGAAGCCAGUACCAAUCUGGUUCAUCACAAUCCUUGGCUGGUCUAUAUCGAGUAUUGGCGUGGAAAUUCGGAUACUGAAAUCCGAUGCGCCGGUACCUUGAUCGACAGCAAACAUGUCGUCACCGCUGCCCACUGCGUUAGGACUCUGAAGUUCAGUCGUUUAGUCGCUCGUCUUGGCGAAUACGACGUAUAUUCUAAGGAGGACUGCGUUCACGGAGUUUGUGCCGACCCCAUCGUCAGAAUCAACGUGGCUGAUAUCAUCGUGCACCCUAACUACAGCAACCGGGAACAUGACAUUGCAAUCUUAAGGCUCGAGGAGGAAGCUCCUUAUACCGAUUUCAUCCGGCCCAUCUGUCUGCCUUCUGGUGACCUCGAAGAAGACACCCAGUUCUUCGCAGCCGGCUGGGGUGAAAUCCCCAAGAAACACGUCUUUAGCCACGUGAAAAAAAUCGUUCCCCUACCGUACUGGAAUAGGGAUAGGUGUCAAAAGGUGUACCAGUACAAUUACAUCCCGGAGAACGUGAUCUGUGCUGGAGGUGAAGAGGGCAUCGAUACCUGUAGGGGUGAUUCUGGUGGUCCUUUAACUCGAGUGAAAGACACCAUCGAGCUUUGGGGAGUUACUAGCCAUGGCAAUAUCCACUGUGGCACCAAAAACUCUCCUGGAAUUUACACUAGCGUGGCCGAUCAUUUGGACUGGAUCAAAACUGUUCUCGAAUCUUAA